AUAAGUCGCACGUACGCUCAAACAAUUAGAGUCGCAAAGACAGAAACAUUAAGAAGCAGAAGUAGAUAUGGAAGUGGUAGAGUCUGGCAUUGUGGCUCCCAGCGAUGAGACGCCAAAGCGUAGAAUGUGGCUCUCAAAUUUCGAUCUGGCGUUUGGCGUGAGAGAGCACUUGCCGUCAAUCUACCAUUACCGGCCUAACGGAAAUCCCAACUUUUUUAAGGUUGAGACCCUGAAGGCGUCGCUGAGCAAGGCCCUGGUUCACUUCUAUCCGUUGGCUGGUCGACUUGAGGUCGGUCCGGACGGUCGGAUUGAGAUAAAUUGCACGGGCGAGGGAGUUCUGUUCACAGUGGCUCGGUGCAGGUAUGACGUUGAUGCGUUCGGAGUGUUUGCUCCGUCCGAGGAGAUGAGGCAGGAGUUGGUGCCGACUGUUGAGUCGUCUCAGCCACCGUGCAUGCUGUUCAUGGUUCAGGUUACAUUCUUCAAGGGCGGAGACGUCACCCUCGGCCUGUUAAGCCACCACACCGCUGCAGACGGCCGCAGCUACUUCCACUUCAUCAAAACAUGGACAGACAUCGCCCGCGGAAUCACCAACAUCUCCCUCCUUCCCUUCUUCGACCGCUCCCUCCUCCGCGCUCGAUCCCCUCCCUCCGUCACCGUCGAUCUCAUAGAAUACAAGAAGCCCCCACACUCCGACUUCAAUACCUUCCGGUCCCCUCCCCCCUUCAACACCGCAAUCCUCACCCUCUCUAAAAACCAAGUCACCGCUCUUAAAAAAUCAACCAACAAAGACAAACCCUCGUCCACAUUCAAAGCCGUCAUCGCUCACGUUUGGCGCAGCUCGUGCAUCGCUCCGAGACUUUAUCCUCCGCUACCCACAGGAUACUUCGGCAACGCGAUCCUUCGCACCUCAGAGGGCGCAAAGGUCAGAGAUAUUGUUUCAAACUCGCUUGAAUUGGCAGGGGAGAAGAUACAGCAAGCAGUGGCGAAGGCGGAUGACGAGUUCGCAAGGUCUCUGAUCGAUUACUUGGAGAUGGGGAAUGAUGAGAGGGAGUGGUUCCUGACAAAAGGGGAUCUUCUUGUGAUCAGUUGGCUCGGGAUGCCGAUAUAUGAGGUUGAUUUCGGCUGGGGGAAGCCAGAGUUCAUGAGGAGAGCUAAUAUGUUUUGUGGAGGAGUUGGGUAUAUAAUGGAUGGUCCUGGAGGGAGUGGAGAUGUGAGUGUUGUUAUGGCGAUGGAGACAGAGAACAUGGAGGGAUUCAAGAAGGCAUUUUAUCAAGGAUUUGAUCUCUGUUCCGGGUUUCAGGCAUAAACAUUGCGCUGACGAAAGAUUUUAGUCUCCCUUCUUUUUUCCCCAGAAAAUAGUAUGUUUGUAUUUGCGUGGUGUGCAAUAACAAACUAAGGUGUUCUCUAUGUGUAAGUGGCCUUAGAACCCAACAAGGAUUCUGGGCGUCUCCACUGUAAAUGAAGAGAGCGCUACUUUUAAUUUUAA